GGAAGUGCUAAUUUGGCGGGAGCAGUUGAAGAUGGAUGCGCGCAGAGUGAAGCAGAAAGUGAACGCGGGCUUUAAAAUGCGUGGAUUAAUCCUGCGACCCGAGUCCAGCCGGUUCCUGCUGCAGGUUCUGGAGUCCGUCAGUCCGGCAGAGCUGGAGGAGGUUCUGGAGCGGGUUCUAGACUCUGUGGAGAAACAGCCAGGUAAGUUCUACCUGGAGGACCCCAGUGGUACUGUGCAGCUCGACAUCUCAAAGGCACAGUUCCACAGUGGGCUGUACACUGAGAGCUGCUUCGUGCUAGCGGAGGGCUGGUAUGAGGACUCUGUGUUCCACGUCAGUGCGUUCGGCUUCCCGCCUACAGAACCCUCGUCCUUCACCAGGGCGUAUUUCGGCAAUGUGAACUUCUUCGGCGGGCCGUCCAGCACAGCGGUGAAAGCGUCCGCUAAACUGAAGCAGCUGGAGGAGGAGAACGAGGACGCCAUGUUUGUGCUGGUGUCAGACGUGUGGCUGGACAGUGUGGAGGUGCUGGAGAAGAUACACACCAUGUUCUCUGGAUACUCCGCUCUGCCGCCCACCUGCUUCAUCUUCUGUGGGAGUUUCUCCUCGGCUCCGUAUGGCAGGACUCAGCUGCGCUCGCUCAGAAGCAGUCGGUUUGUGUUUGUUCCUGGUCCAGAAGACCCUGGACCCGGCGCGGUUUUACCCAGGCCUCCACUGGCGGAGCACAUCACAGAGGAGUUUCAGCAGCGUGUGCCGCUCUCUGUCUUCACCACCAACCCCUGCAGGAUCCAGUACUGCAGUCAGGAGCUGGUGAUUAUUCGGGAGGAUCUGGUCAAUAAGAUGUGCCGGAACUGUGAGCGUCUGCCGAGCAGCAGCCUGGACAUCCCUACACACUUUGUGAAGACCGUGCUGUCUCAGGGUCACCUGACGCCGCUGCCGCUGUACGUGUGUCCGGUGUUCUGGGCGUACGAUCACACACUCCGCCUGUAUCCUGUACCAGACGUCAUCGUGUUUGCAGACAAAUACGACCCGUUCAACAUCUGCAACACCGACUGCCUGUGCAUCAACCCGGGCUCCUUCCCGAGAAGCGGAUUCUCCUUCAAGGUGUAUUACCCGUCCAGCAGGACUGUGGAGGACAGUAAGCUCCAGGGCCUGUGACCCAGUGGAACGCCCCCCCGCCUCAUCUCUGUUGCCCUCUGUAAAUGUGGAUGUUUUAGGUUGUGUUUCUUACCGUGACGUUUGAUUUUAUGCACUUUUAAAGUACAAUAAAAAAAGAAAAAUUUGAGACGUAAA